AUGCCUGCAGCCGACAGGCAUCCAGAGGUUGUUCCAGGCACAGUCCACCUCGUCGACCUUGCAGGAGCCACUGCGGGCGGCGUGGUCGAGCUUGUGCCUCGCCCAAGCGAUGACCCAGAAGACCCUCUUAACUGGAGUCGCCAACGAAAAUAUCUGGCCGUAGCCAUGGUUAAUGUUUACACCAUGGGUAUAGCAAUCUGUUGCACGCUGCAGAAUUCCGUCCUGGCCGACAUCACCCGUGACACGGGCAUCUCUACGGAAGAACUCGUCCAGGGCACAGGCGUCAUGUUUCUGUUUUUUGGCUGGGGCUGUCUUGUCACACAGCCUCUUGCUUUGACGUACGGCCGCCGCGGGAUGUAUCUGAUGUCGAUGCUGAUCACGGUUCCGUUGAUGGUAUGGACCGCAUACUCGACUUCAACCGGCGAAUGGUACGCCCACCGCAUUCUCUUCGGGCUGGUCAAUUCUCCCAUCGAAGCUCUACCUGAAGUGAGCAUCCCCGACAUAUUUUUCGCCCAUGAGCGGGGAGCAUGGAUGUCAGUCUACGUCUUCACCUUGUUCGGCUUCAGCUUCGUGUCUCCUCUCGUGGCGGGCUUCUUCGCCGAGGCAUAUGGAUGGCGAUGGACUAUGCAUCUCGGCGCCAUAAUUGCCGCCGUAUUGUUUGUCGUCCUGUUCUUCUUCAUGGAGGAGACAAUGUACUUCAGACCGACUCUCGAGGGUUUGGAAGAUGAACCUCGGCAAACAGACGAAAAGGUUACAGAGCCUCGAGCAAGCAUGGAGGAGAAAAGGGCCGAGUCGACUGUCACAGACCAGAAAAGGGGCACUUUAUACAGAAAGAAAUAUUACACUGAGAAGCUGAAGCUCUUUGCCAAAAUGGAGGGACGGCCGGCAAAGACGCAAAUGUUCAAGUCCAUGCUGCGGCCCGUUGCCAUUCUCUUCCAGUUUCCAAGUGUUGCCUGGGUUGGGCUCAUUUACGGAAUCAGUCUCUCGUGGUACAACGUCAUCAAUGCCACGGUGAGCCCCAUCCUGAGUUCGCCGCCGUACAGCUGGUCUACCGGGGCCGUCGGCCUCAUCUACGUCGGCCCUUUGAUCGGCGCUGCCCUUGGAAGCAUCUGGGCCGGCCACAUUGCCGACCGACUCACCCUUAUACUCGCACGCCGUAACAAGGGCAUCCGCGAGCCAGAACAGAGACUGUGGCCCUUGGCUCUCGCGGGGAUUCUCUCCUGCAUCGGCCUCAUCAUCUGGGGCGUCGGUGCUGCUCACGGGGUCCGUUGGGCGGUUUUGGCCGUUGGUCUCGGCAUCCUGAUCUUCAGCUGCGUUGCUGGCAGUUCCAUCGUGUUAUCGUAUAAUGUCGAUUGCUUCAAGGACAUGAGCGGAGAGAGUACGGUGUCUGUCAUCAUUGUCCGCAACACGCUUGGCUUUGCCAUUUCCUACGGCAUCACACCUUGGUAUUCCAACAUGGGUUUGCAAAACUGUUUUAUCAUGGCAGGCUUUCUUUCACUUGGAUGCAUGAGCACGUUUUUGUUUAUGAUUUGGAAGGGCAAGUCGCUGCGUCGACGAUGUGCCAAGAGAUACUGGAGUUAUGCCGAGAAGGGCCUUCAUGCUACACAUUAG